AUGUCUUCUUUCUUUUUCCACUUUCUUUCCUUCUGUCUUUCGAUUUUUGUAACAUUUAUUAUCUUCUUUCUUUUUUACUUUCUUUCUUUCUUUAACACUUAUUUUAUUCAUUCUUUUUUAUAUUUUCUUUCUUUAUUUCCUUCUAUUUUUGUAACUUUUUUCUUUCUUUUCCCAUAUUCUCCCUAUCAUUCUUACGAAUUCUGUAACAAUAAUUGUCUUCUUUGCUUUUCUAUUUUCCAUCUUUCUUUCUUUCUUUCUUUUAUUCUCUUUCCUUUCUGUAACAGUUAUUUCUUCUUUCUUUCUUUUAUUCUCUUUUCUUUCUGUAACAGUUAUUUCUUCUUUCUUUCUUUUAUUCUCUUUCCUUUCUGUAACAGUUAUUUCUUCUUUCUUUCUUUUAUUCUCUUUUCUUUCUGUAACAGUUAUUUCUUCUUUCUUUCUUUUAUUCUCUUUUCUUUCUGUAACAGUUAUUUCUUCUUUCUUUCUUUUAUUCUCUUUCCUUUCUGUAACAGUUAUUUCUUCUUUCUUUCUUUUAUUCUCUUUUCUUUCUGUAACAGUUAUUUCUUCUUUCUUUCUUUUAUUCUCUUUCCUUUCUGUAACAGUUAUUUCUUCUUUCUUUCUUUUAUUCUCUUUCCUUUCUGUAACAGUUAUUUCUUCUUUCUUUCUUUUAUUCUCUUUUCUUUCUGUAACAGUUAUUUCUUCUUUCUUUUAUUCUCUAUUCUUUCUGUAACAGUUAUUUCUUCUUUCUUUCUUUUAUUCUCUUUUCUUUCUGUAACAGUUAUUUCUUCUUUCUUUCUUUUAUUCUCUUUCCUUUCUGUAACAGUUAUUUCUUCUUUCUUUCUUUUAUUCUCUUUUCUUUCUGUAACAGUUAUUUCUUCUUUCUUUCUUUUAUUCUCUUUUCUUUCUGUAACAGUUAUUUCUUCUUUCUUUCUUUUAUUCUCUUUCCUUUCUGUAACAGUUAUUUCUUCUUUCUUUCUUUUAUUCUCUUUUCUUUCUGUAACAGUUAUUUCUUCUUUCUUUCUUUUAUUCUCUUUUCUUUCUGUAACAGUUAUUUCUUCUUUCUUUCUUUUAUUCUCUUUUCUUUCUGUAACAGUUAUUUCUUCUUUCUUUCUUUUAUUCUCUUUCCUUUUUGUAACAGUUAUUUCUUCUUUCUUUCUUUUAUUCUCUUUUCUUUCUGUAACAGUUAUUUCUUCUUUCUUUCUUUUAUUCUCUUUUCUUUCUGUUACAGUUAUUUCUUCUUUCUUUCUUUUAUUCUCUUUUCUUUCUGUAACAGUUAUUUCUUCUUUCUUUCUUUUAUUCUCUUUUCUUUCUGUAACAGUUAUUUCUUCUUUCUUUCUUUUAUUCUCUUUCCUUUCUGUAACAGUUAUUUCUUCUUUCUUUCUUUUUAUUCUCUUUUCUUUCUGUAACAGUUAUUUCUUCUUUCUUUUUUCUUUUAUUCUCUUUCCUUUCUGUAACAGUUAUUUUUCUUUCUUUUCUUUUAUUCUCUUUCCUUUCUUUAUUUCUUCUUUCUUUCUUUUAUUCUCUUUCCUUUCUGUAACAGUUAUUUCUUCUUUCUUUCUUUUAUUCUCUUUUCUUUUCUGUAACAGUUAUUUCUUCUUUCUUUCUUUAUUCUCUUUUCUUUCUGUAACAGUUAUUUCUUCUUUCUUUCUUUUAUUCUCUUUCCUCUCUGUAACAGUUAUUUCUUCUUUCUUUCUUUUAUUCUCUUUCCUUUCUGUAACAGUUAUUUCUUCUUUCUUUCUUUUAUUCUCUUUUCUUUCUGUAACAGUUAUUUCUUCUUUCUUUCUUUUAUUCUCUUUUCUUUCUGUAACAGUUAUUUCUUCUUUCUUUCUUUUAUUCUCUUUCCUUUCUGUAACAGUUAUUUCUUCUUUCUUUCUUUUAUUCUCUUUCCUUUCUGUAACAGUUAUUUCUUCUUUCUUUCUUUUAUUCUCUUUUUCUUUCUGUAACAGUUAUUUCUUCUUUCUUUCUUUUAUUCUCUUUCCUUUCUGUAACAGUUAUUUCUUCUUUCUUUCUUUUAUUCUCUUUCCUUUCUGUAACAGUUAUUUCUUCUUUCUUUCUUUUAUUCUCUUUCCUUUCUGUAACAGUUAUUUCUUCUUUCUUUCUUUCUUUUUUAUUCUCUUUCAUUUGUUCUUUUCUUUAUUUCUGUAA